AGGUGGACCGGUGUGAUGAAACUGGCUACGCAAUCCACACCGGAAUAUCAGCUGAUUACUACUGACGGCCGUCCACAAGAACUAUUCCGGGGCGAUGCUCCGUGUCUGCUUAAGAACCGUUUGGUAUGGACGGCUGCUCUCAUGUUCAAAAACAAUGUAAAAUUACACCAUAUCAUAAUGGCACUGAAUAUGGUAACUCGUAGGGCUCUGGCCCUGACCCUCCAGCAGCUCAGUCGUCAGCAGACUGCUGCUGCUGCUUCCACACUAUCAAAAAUUGGUAAUCGUGAAGUUGUAGGAUUUGGCUUCAAUGGCUCCCCUGCAUAUGUUGACCGUGUCGAUUUCCCCAUGCCAGCUGUCCGCUUCAGGGAGGACACCCCUGAUGUUCAGGUGUUGCGUGAGAAGGAGAUGGGAGAUUGGAAAAAGCUCACCUUGGAAGAGAAGAAAGCAUUGUAUCGUGCCUCCUUCUGCCAAACCUUUGCCGAGAUGACCGCACCUUCCGGAGAGUGGAAGUCUGUGUUGGGGGUUACAUUAAUACUUUCUUCCUUAGCUGUUUGGAUAUACCUGUGGAUGAAGGUGUUUGUAUACUCUCCACUUCCUGAAACCUUGAAGCCCGAGUAUCAAGAGGCUCAGUUGAAGAGGAUGAUUGACUUGCGUGCAAACCCUGUAGAGGGUACUUCAUCACAAUGGGAUUAUUCCAAGGGGGAUUGGAAGUAAACAUUGGCCAUACAAUUCACUUGUAAUUAGUAAUGACAAGACAGCAAGUUUUACCAAUGCAGUACCUGGUUGACAAGAGAAACUAAACUGAAGCAAGAGGUCCAUCUCAGGUUAACUCCCACAGUACCCCACCCCCCCCCUCGUAAAUGUCAUUUGCCAAUAGUUCCCCCUCUGUACUUACGCAAUGGUGUCACACCUCGUCUCUUAUAUUUCGGGAGCACUGUGAUUUACUUGUCUAAUGCAUUACUAUCCCAUUUGAUCCUCAUUCCAUCUCCCUGACUAUGCAUAUAAGACAGUUAAUCAUCAGUUAUGGCAAUACUGUUUGGGGAAGGAACCUACAAUGGCCGAGUUUGGACAAAUUGGACAAAAGGAAAAAACAAUGCAUCUUUUAACUGUAGAUAAAAUUGUAUAUUUUAAAAAAUUAUAUGAUGUUGGUGCACACCCAGUCAGGGAGAAAUUAUUGCAUAUUGUAAAUAUGUUAUUUAUGUCACUGUCAUCUAUUGAGUAAAUAGUGACCUUU